AUGGCCACCAAUUCAUUCCGCGAUUCGGUCAACUCCCUGGGUUGGUCGCGACGAGACCCGGAUCUCUCCACUCGCAAUAACUCGUCGAAUACGCCUAUCCUCUCACGGUUACAGUCUUGGAAUCCAUUUGGUCAAGGGGAGGGCUAUCUGCAACUGCCCACUCAUGAAGCUCCAGGAGCUCCCCUACCCGCCGCAAGUCGCCGAGAGGAGGAAGAUACUUUCUUUGCCUUAAGUCGAUGGGAUCGGAUGCUCAUUUUCAUCGCAUGCAACCUUGGUGCCGCCGUCUGCUUCCUACUUUGCUUUUUCCUAUUCCCGGUCCUAUCACUGAAACCCCGCAAAUUUGCCAUCCUGUGGUCGGUUGGUUCCUUGCUCUUUCUCCUAUCAUGGGCAGUCCUCAUGGGACCCCUGGUCUACGCGAAACAUCUGGUCUCGGGACCACGUCUGCCCUUCACGGCGGCCUAUUUCGGCUCGAUCGCCAUGACUUUGUACUUUGCUAUCGGAGUAAGUACCCCUGUUUGUUUGGCUCUAGCUACAUUGCCCAGGAUCUUCCCUGCCGGACCAUGUUGUGUAUGCCUGUACUAUCUGAGCGUACGCCUCUGCGAUCGCAUACCAACCUGUCGAUUUCGAGGAUCUUGCAUACCUGGGUCGUGCGCGUACACUCGGAGCCUUCAGCCGACGAUAUGA